AUGAUGGCCCCGUUGCGGCCCCGAUAUCUUCGAAGUUCUCUUAAGAAGUUACAACAAAGGGCAUACUCGUCACCAGCUUCUCCUCCCACUUCUCCGUUUGCCCCUCGCCAUCUACUCUCCAUCGCUGAUCUUACUUCCGCUGAACUCACGAGCCUGGUACGCAAUGCCGAGAGCCAUAAAAGAGCGGUCAAAUCUGGGUCCGUUCCGGCAUCGUUGUUUGGAGCAUUGACGGGCAAGACCGUCGCUAUGACCUUCAAUAAAAGAAGUACAAGAACUCGUGUAAGCACCGAAGCCGCCGUGGCUACGUUAGGAGGUCAUCCCAUGUUUCUCGGGAAAGAUGAUAUACAAUUAGGGGUACCGUCUCACACCUAUCGAAAACACCAACUGCAAACCCAUGGUCGACCAGAUCUGACUGUAAUGCAGGUAAAUGAGUCAUUGUACGAUACGAGUACCGUCAUAAGUUCCAUGGUCGCUGCUUGGGUAAUGAGAUGCGGACCCCAUUCCGAUAUCGUACAAGUUUCAAAGACUUCUUCAGUCCCUAUUAUCAACGCUCUGUCGGACGAUUUUCACCCUAUGCAGACUGUCGCAGACUUUUUAACAAUUAAGGAGGCGUUCUCUUCGAGUCGAACACCGCAAAGAUCAACGACACCCGGUCUUGGACUGGAAGGCCUGAAGAUAGCAUGGGUGGGUGAUGCCAAUAACGUGUUAUUCGACCUCGCUAUAGCAGCGCUCAAACUCGGAGUCGACUUAUCCGUCGCCACUCCCAAGGGUUAUGAGAUCCCACAGAGAAUGAAGGAAAUAAUACAAGAGUCUGGAAAAGAUGCACGGUUACAGGGAAAGCUCACGGAGACAAAUCUACCUGAAGAAGCUGUAAAGGACGCUGAUAUCCUGGUGACCGAUACGUGGGUGUCAAUGGGUCAAGAAGCAGAGGCGAAGAAGAAGAUCAAGGCUUUUGAAGGCUUCCAAAUCACGAACGCUCUGGCGGAGAGGGGAGGUGCAAAGCCAGGUUGGAAGUUUAUGCAUUGCUUACCUCGACAUCCGGAGGAAGUGGCCGAUGAAGUUUUUUACAGUCCCAGAAGCUUGGUCUUUCCUGAAGCAGAAAAUCGAUUGUGGGCCGCUAUUUCGAUACUCGAGGGAUUCGUGAUGAACAAAGGCAAGAUAGUAUAG